AUGUCUUUCAACAGUUUCAACCUACUCACAAGCGAUAACGAUCAAGAAAUAGAAUCCACUUCUUCUCACAAGCAAGAAAAUGUUGCUCCUCCUUCUACUGAUGAAGAUUUCAUAACAUCAGAUGAUGAUUCUAAAGGUUUCCAAGUUUUAAAAAAGAAAAGUAAAGGAAGGAAACAUCCUUUCCGUGCAGAGAACAAGUCAGAGUCAUCUCUUACAAACAAACUCAAGAAAGACUCUGAUUUGAAUAUUAAUCAUUCCCAAACAACUGAGAACAAGUCAGCUCUUCAAAACAGUUUACCAGAACAACUCAAGAAAGACUCUCAAUUUGUGGUAGUUGACAAGUACCUUGCCAGUCGUAAAGUGCAAUUACAUUCCAUUGUUACCAAACCAGAAAAUUUUAAAACAAUGUAUGUGAUCUAUGAUUCUAGUUGUGAUCUAGCACUUGGAGACGAGUUACAAAUUACACAAGAUUGCACAAGUUUAUCCUCCACUACCUUUACAAAAAUUAAUACAGAAGAGAUCAAACAAUUGAAGGGAGCCUCAAUCUCAUCAAGGAGGAUAUGCAGAAAUUCAUGA